AGUUAUUUUAAUAUUAAUCCUUUGUUCAAGAUGCUCCCCCCAUCAUUCCUGGAAUGCCUCCGCCGGCUUAUUCAGAAAUGCCACCACCAUAUACCCCACCAAUGUCAAUGAACACUGAGCCAUCUGUGAUCUGCAGAGUUUGUCAACAGCUCAUAUACAUAAAAGGACGGGAACACCAGCGGGUUGUGAAGUGUGCCCACUGUCAAGAGGCUACGCCCAUUAAAGCACCUCCAGCUGGCAAGAAAUACAUUCGUUGUCCAUGUAAUGCUCUGCUGACAUGCAAGGUCUCCUCUGUUAGGAUAUCUUGUCCAAGAGUCAACUGCAAGCGCAUAAUCAACCUUGCGGCACCUCCAAUGCUGCCGCCAGCAGCGACACUACCAGCCAUUACUAGAAGUCAGUUUAGAGUGACUUGUGGACAUUGCAAUGAGAUCUUUGUGUUCCACACAACAAGCCACCUGGCUAGAUGUCCUCAUUGCAGAAGAAUAUCUUCAGUGGGACCACAUUUUGCCAGAACUCGGGCCACCAUAUUUGCAGUCAUUGGAUUCAUCUUCUUAGCAGCAGGUAUUGGAGUUACCGUGGGAACCCUGGACCUUGCAAGAGAUUCUGGAGGUAUCUAUGUGGUUUGGAUUGGUGCAUUUGUUGCUGGUAUCCUUAACUUGAUCAGAAGUUGCUAUUACUGCACCAUGACUGUCAGUUCAAUUGAAGGAGAAUCAUAAAUGGGUAGUCUUCAAUAAGACAUCCAUAGAAAGAACAGCGAGGAAUGUCCUUGCAUGCAACUUUUUCCUUUGUUAAAAACCAACUUGGAUGCUAUACACAAAUUCAGCAAUAACAUGCUAUAGUGCUCAAAAUGGUCCCUUGGUGGUGAACAAGAUCUUAAUGUUAGAUUGUCUUUUUGUCUAAUUGUCUUAAACACGUACCAGCAUGUUGAGGUCUUUUGCCUUCCUUACAUACCUACUUUCUCACCUACUUAAUGUUCAAGUGAAUCAGUGACUGCUAUUUUGAGCACUGCACGGUGUCAGAGCAGAGAUUUUUUUUCUAGAUGGAACUUCAGGUUUCAUAAUUUUUUCAUGAUCAUUUAUUUCCAUUCUAUCACGUUUUGAAUGUGUUAGAUAGGGCAGAAGGUGUGAGCCACGUUGGCUGAAGGCUUGUCAUAUUCAGCAAAGAACUUGACGUUGUUAACUGCAACUAGAGGUCUCUGGUUGACAAUAAUUAUCAAUAAAAUGUGUGUGCUUGGCAUACUAGUUAUUAAUAACCAUUAUAAUUACUUUACAUUAUAUAUUAGAAACAGAGAUAUGUUAGAAAAAGGAUAGCUAGCCCAAAACUAACCUUGUGAACUGCAAAUAGCCAUUGAACAAGUUAUGCAGUUGACCCUAAUAAUCCAAUAUGCACCAAAUUAAAUUGCCAGUAGCAUGAAUGAAUAGCAGUUUGUAGGUGUGUCUCAGAAACUUUUUUAUCCCGGUUAUUUCAUUAAUCAAGUGGUUUUGAUCUUUAGCGGGACCUUUGGUACACCUUUAGUUGCUCGAAAGAUUUUGCAAAUUUUUAAGAAUAGAGAAGUCUAAUGAGAAAACCAAAUUUGUAAGCAUAGUUUGAAGAAAAAUAUUGCAGAUUAGUAUUUUUAGUAGUCAUGAUCAUAACUUUAGCACCCAUCUAGAAGGAAUCUAAGUAUGUUACUUGACUAUUUUGUGGAGUUUGUCACAGAGUUGAGUGGACUUUUCAGCGAAGUUCUUUGGCGAUGGAAGGUGUGCUUCUGUUAAACAGCAUUAGUCUUUGAAAUGUUUAGGACUUCUUGGAGCUUUUCUCUUUUGCUUGUAACAAAUUAACAGUCGAUGGUUGACAACUGAGUCGCUUGUGUUGCGUUAUGCUUUUUGAGAAAUUUAGAGCUACACUAUUUUAAGUGAAUAACGUGAUUGUAAUUUUCAUCAACUAUGUGUAUAAAAUGUAACAAUAAAAUCAACUUGAUUCGUCACUACAA